AUGAAUACCGUUGGUCCAUACCAUAAUCGACAAGAAACGUAUAAUUAUUUUUCACUACCGUUUUGUCGUGGAAAUAAAAAAGAAAUAUCUCAUUAUCAUGAAACAUUAGGAGAAAACAUUCUUGGUGUUGAGCUCGAAUUUAGUGGAAUUGACAUCGAAUUUCAACAUAAUAAAGUUAAAAGUGAUUUUUGUGACGUAACAUUGACGCCCGAUUAUUAUGAUGCAUUUUUUUAUGGUAUUAGAAAUCAUUAUUGGUAUCAAAUGUUUAUCGAUGAUUUACCCGUUUGGGGUAUUGUUGGUGAAAUGGAUGACUCAGAUAAAUCUGCUUAUAUUUGGACACAUAAAAAAUUUGAAAUUGGUUAUAAUGGUGAUCGUAUUGUUGACGUAAAUUUAACGUCAGAAGCAAAAGUUCGGCUACAACCAAAUAUGCAAUUACCAUUUUCAUAUGAAGUUGUUUGGAAACCAAGCAAUAUUCCAUAUAAACACCGUUUUGACAAAUAUUUAGAUCCAGGAUUCUUUCAGCAUAAAAUUCAUUGGUUUUCAAUAUUUAAUUCAUUCAUGAUGGUUCUAUUUUUGGUUGGCUUAGUAUCGAUGAUAUUACUUCGUACUUUACGUAAAGAUUAUGCACGUUACGGAAAAGAUGAUGAAUUAGAUGAUAUGGUAAGUGUUAUUAUAAUCUGAUUAGCUCCAAUGUUAAAACAUUCUUAGAUUUAUACUUGCAUGCAACAUUUUCGGUACAAAUUUUGAGAGAGGACGGACAGUAUGCUGAGU